UGACAUAGGGAGCACUAGAGAGGAUAAGUGUCUUGUUCUGUCUGCUUGGGAAAUUUAUGGGGCUUUAAAUUUUCACCGGGACACGGAUUCACCAAAGGGGGCCAGCGAGGUUUUUCUGUCCAUGUGUUCCAGAUGAGAAGAGAGUGAGCAGAGAUUUUGUGAACUGCCCUCAAAUAUAUUUUGCAGGUGCAUGGUUCUCAUUGCUAUUGAAGACAAAUUUUGUCUUAGCUGUGAACUUGCCCUGCAAUAUAGGAACAAUGACUGUUUCCAAUGCCAAAUCUGGCACAGCUAUGCAGCAGGUGCUGGACAACCUCAAAGAGCUGCCGCCUUCUACAGGAGCCAAAGACAUCGACCUCAUCUUCCUCCGUGGCAUCAUGGAGAGUCCCAUCGUUCGUUCCCUCGCUAAGGCCCAUGAGCGAUUGGAAGACGUUAAGCUGGAGGCGGUUCAAAGUAAUAACGUGGAGCUAGUGAGUGAGAUCCUGUCUGAUAUGAGUAGUCUGAUCAUUCGGGAUGAAAGUGCAGCAGAACUCUCUAACAUCCUGAAGGAACCGCAUUUCCAGUCCUUGUUGGAAGCUCAUGACAAGGUGGCCUCUAAAUCAUAUGAAGCUCCUCCCACCAGCACCAAUUCCACCAGUAUGUCCAGCUCAUCCCUCAUGCCGGCUGACACGGUUCGCAUGAUCAGCAUCCAGAAGAAGGCCGGAGAGCCUCUUGGUGUAACAUUCCGGGUGGAGGAGGGUGACCUUGUCAUCGCGCGUGUUUUGCAUGGCAGCAUGAUUGACAGGCAGGGGAUGCUGCAUGCAGGUGAUGUCAUCCGAGAGGUAAACGGCCGAGAGGUGGGCAAAGACCCCAUGGCAUUACAGCACAUGUUGAGGGACUGCAACGGAAGCAUCACACUCAAAAUCCUCCCGAGCUACAAGGACACACCUCCACCCGCACAGGUGUACCUGAAGCCACAUUUUAACUACAAUCCUGACACAGACAACCUGAUCCCAUGUAGAGAGGCGGGUUUGGCUUUCUCCAAAGGAGACAUUUUGCAUAUAGUGAACAAGGAGGACCCCAACUGGUGGCAAGCAUGUAACAUAAAUGGAGGACGUACUGGUCUGAUUCCCAGUCAGUUUCUGGAGGAGAAGAGGAAAGCAUUUGUAAGGAGAGACCUGGACGGAUCAGGAAUCCUUUGUGGGACACUAACAGGAAAAAAGAAGAAAAAGAAAAUGAUGUACUUAACGGCAAAGAAUGCAGAAUUUGAUCGGCAUGAGUUGCAGAUCUACGAGGAAGUAGCAAAGAUGCCUCCAUUCCAGAGAAAAACUCUUGUUCUGAUUGGUGCACAGGGUGUAGGCCGUCGAAGCCUCAAGAACCGACUGAUUGUGUUAAACCCGUUGCGAUAUGGAACUACUGUACCCUUCACGUCUCGGCAUCCCCGUGAUGAUGAAAAGGAUGGGCAGUCGUACUGCUUUGUAUCACGGGAAGAGAUGGAGAUGGACAUCAAGGCGAGUCGAUACCUUGAGCAUGGAGAAUAUGACGGAAAUCUGUAUGGAACCAAAAUGGACUCGAUCCAUGAAGUUGUUCGAGCAGGACGCACUUGCAUCCUGGACGUCAACCCUCAGGCGCUGAAGGUACUGAAGACAUCAGAGUUUAUGCCAUUCGUGGUUUUCAUCGCUGCCCCAGAGCUCGACACAUUACGGGCCAUGCACAAAGCUGUGGUGGAUGCUGGAAUCACAACCAAGUUACUGACGGAAACGGACUUAAAGAAAACCGUGGAUGAAAGUGCUAGGAUCAAGCGGGCCUACAAUCACUACUUUGAUCUGACUAUAGUUAAUGACAAUCUGGACAAGGCCUUUGAGAAACUGCAGGCGGCUGUGGAGCAGCUGACCACACAACCACAGUGGGUCCCUGUCAACUGGGUUUACUGAGACGAACACCAUCAUCAGCGGAGGCACCACUGAUAGGUCAGCGGCACAGAACACAAGUUACCCAUCAGUCCCUAUGCAAAUGUACACUAGCAUCUAGUCAUGACUGACAUAAGGGAAGUGUACUUAUUUAUUAACUCUUUUUUUUUUUUUUUUUUUAAUCAUUCUACUGACUAAACAUACUGAGAAGAAUGUUACUCUGAGGGACGGAAACACAUAGGAAUAUUCUGGAAUGACUCGUCAUGAAUUAUUUUUCCAUUGAAAUAUAUAAGCUGCAUUACAGUAUUUAAAGCAGGCUCUGUUUUCCUGUUCCUAUCAUUUUUGUUUGUUACAAAUGUUGGUUUACAGUGCAGAAAUCAUCUCCUCAUCUUUCUAAAAGGGGUGCUCAUAUCAAUGGGUCACUACAGUAGGUCAGAAUUUGAGCAGCUUUAUAGUUUAGCUAAGUUGUAAGUCUUUAUUAGUGUUAAUGUUAGUUAGUUUCCUCGAUUUGGAUUUAAGAAGAGCUUGAAUAACAUUAGUUUGAAGUGAUCAUGAUAGCACUUUAUUUUACAGCCCUGUUCUACAUGUAUGUGCAAUGUACUUACUGUAAUAAUUAGGUACUAAGCCUGAACCUAAGUGUACUUUAAAAGGCUUUGUGUUAAUCUGUGCACAUAGGCUUAAAGUAUACUCCGUUUGAUAACAUUCUUAACAACAUUUAAGUUUCAUCUAUUUCCCCCCUCCAGUUAUGAGCAAUCAAAUUUCUAUGUACCCUGUUAAUGUUGAGAUGUUUGAAAAAGAUCCCUGUCUGCAUUGAUUGAUUAUUAUGUUUUAAAGACUGUGAACAGUGACUCGGGCCAGUAUUGCCAUCUUGUGGACAAAUUAAUUAGUACAAAAAUGCAAGCUGCGUUGAUGAGCUUUGUGUACAGAGUAUGCUUUAGAAAAUAAACGGUUGAGAAAAUUCUAGACACAUGCACAAACUCUGUAUGCAGACUUAUGAAAUGUCUGUGAGUGUACUGUAUGCAUUUGUUUCUGAAGUUUCUAUGGGUAUGUAUUUAAACCAAAGUGUACUUCAAGCUUAAGUGGCGAUUCACACAGAACAUAUUUAGCGUUUUACUGCAUUGUAUUUUAACAGCUUGAUAUACUUCAGUAUGUGACACUGUCCAAAAAACAAACAAACAGAAAAACAGUGUGGUGCUUGAAUUGGAUAUGCAAAUUUCUGAUUUCAUAACAUGCGAGCUGGCAUUAUCAAGGGUCAUACACAUGGAAAAAAACAAAACUGAAAGAUAUCUUUAGUCCAAAAGCUUCUAAAGUUUUUUUAGAAAAGUGAAAGAUAAACCUACAUAGAAUCAUUUUUUUUUUUAAAUAUGUAUUUAUAAGAUCAGUUACCUGCUGAAAAAAACUGCUUAAGUUGUUUAACUGGUUUUAGCUGGUUAACCAGCCUGGUUUUAGAGGGGUUUUGGCCAUUUCCAGCCUAGUCUUAGUUGGUCAGGCUGGAAAAUGAAAAGCUAAAACCAGCUUGACAAGCCUGAUAUAAGCUGGACGUAGCUGGUUUUAGCUGGAAUGGCCAAAACCCCUCUAAAAUCAGGCUGGUCGACCAGCUAAAACCAGCCAACCAUCCUAGGCUAGUUUAAGCAGUUUUUUCAGCAGGGUUAUAGUUCAUUAAUAUCGCAUAAGCAAAUGAUUUUAGUACAACAUUGAGAUGGAUUUUAAACAAUUACAACAGUCACAUUUCAGCAACACUAUAUGAAUAUAGUCAAAAUAUUGUAAAGUUAUAAGCUAUGGCAAAAUAUUAGUCAAAGUUGCUAGAAUGAAAUCUGUUCUUGAAAAAAUUAUUUGACAUUUAAUUUUAAUUAUUUCCUAAAUGAUGUUAAACAGAGCAAGGAAAUUUUCACAGUAUGUCUGAUAAUAUUGUUUCUUUUGAAGAAAGUCUUAUUUGUUUUAUUUCGGCUAGAAUAAAAGCAGUUUUCAAUUUUCAAAAAAAAACAUUUUGAGGUCCAAGUUAUUAGCCCCUUUAAGCUUUAUAUUUUCUUUCAAUAGUUUACAGAACAAACCAUAAAAUGACUUGUACAAAAACUUGCCUAAUUACCCUAACCUGCCUAGUUAACCUAAUUAACCUAGUUAAGCCUUUAAAUGUCACUUUAAGCUUUAUAGAAGUAUCUUGAAAAAUAUCUAGUCACAUAUUAUUUACUGUCAUCAUGGCAAAGAUAAAAUAAAUCAGUUAUUAGAAAUGAGUCAUUCAAACUAUGUUUAGAAAUGUGCUGGGAAUUCUCUCCGUUAAACAGAAAUUGGGGAAAAACAUAAACAGGGGGGAUAAUUCAGGGGGCUAAUAAUUCUGACUUCAACUUCAUACAUGCAGGGUGAAUCAAAAAGAAUACCACAACUUUGGAAAUCUGUAUUUAAUCAAAGAAACAUGAUGGAACCUUGGGUAAUUAAUCAAUGUAAAGAGUACUUGGUUGUUGUUUUUUUUCAGUAGAAAACAAGUUCAUAGAUGUUCAAUAUGACCCCCUCCAGACACUCGAGUGACAUCUACCGGAUACUCGAACUCAGUCCACACUCUCUGUAGCAUCUCGGGCUUAACAGAUAGCUGUAGUUAUUCCUCCUUUUAGUUCCUAAAUGUGAAAAUUCAGAACUUCCUUAAAUCGACGACAGAAAGAGCUUAACUGGUCUUCUCUUCUUUGCAGAGUUCUAUGUAUAUGGCAAUAAUCACACAAUUAUACUUAAAGAUUAAGUUGAAAAUGCCCCUACCUAGGCUGUAUCCAAAAUUGCCCCUUUAUCCUUGCCACAUUACAAUCAUUAUGAUUGUACCACUGAUGUACAGCCAACAGAGAACUCUCAUAAUGCAGUGAGUUUGUGCACCGAAUUAUUUUUUGCGUCUGACCAUAGCAUCCACAGUGGAAUCCAAUCAGCAAAAGUUUAAUGAUUUAAUUGUUAAAUUAAUAUCUGUAUAGUUAUCUAAGGGAUUGCAGCAAAGCACAAACAAAACAGCAUCCCUUUCUGUGCACUCAGUGCUACAGUUCACUCACUGGAUUUCAUUCACUGGACUACAUUAGUGAACUAUCAUAAGGAAUAAUGAAUGAGGAUAUGGGGGUGAAUUUGCAUACAGCACUUGACUCCAUUUUUCAUAUACAACACCUCUCUAGUUGGAUAAUAUUCAUCACAUUCUUCAAUUAUACAUUUUUAUCUGAUGUAUUAACUUUUAGUUUUGUACAUUUUAAGGCUUUUAAUAGACAAUUUAAUCUUCAUAAUAUUUAUGUUUAAUGGAAUGUAAAAGCUUUAAAACUUAACAUUUCAGAAUGCAGAUAAAACCUUAUCAUUCCAAACUGAUGUAUUGUGUGGCAAACAAAAAGCAAAAAUGUGUUCUGUGUCUAGCUGAUCUUGUGUUUCUCAAUACUGUCAAUUAGCUUAAGUAUAUUGCAAGUACAUGUACUGAAAAUAAAGUGCAACAAAUAUCACGGUUUUAAAGUCCCAGAGUUGUGAGCUCAGUCAUUGUGUUGCUUGUAUGUCACAGUAUAAAGAACCAGCGCUGUAUUUUGCUAAGAUUGAUUCAAACUGGCACAGGCUGACAUGAACUAUAGACCAAGUGUGUCAUGAUCACAGCCUUCCUGGCCUCACUACUAGUCUUCUUGGUUGUAUGUAGGGAUGUACUGAUUUGUCUCUGGCGACUUGCUCCAGUGUGUUUUUCAAGGCUUGUGUAAUCACUUGAAAAUUCUAUAUUUUGCAAUACAGAGAGUUGUAUUUUCUGAAAUGAAACCGCUGUCUAAUAAAUUAAUCUUAAUUUUCAA